AUGGUUUAUAUGAAAAGAAUAUGUGGAGAAAGUGUAGAUAAUGAUAGUGUUCUUUUAACAAAACACAUUACUAGAAUAGAAUUUUGUUUUUUUAUUCGAAUUGAUAAAGACCACUCAAAUAUACAUCCUCAAAAAACGUGUUAUAGAUGCUUUUCAAUAUUAAGAAAUAUUGAAAAAGGUUCAAACACUGAACUAAAAAUAAGAUCAUGGCCUGAAAAUUGCAAUCUAACUGAAUGUGUUUGUUUUAAAUCCAAUAAAGGAAGAAAAAAAAAUAAAAAGAUAAGUGGAAGACCUUCGAGUAUUAGUUAUAAAGAAAAUAUUUGGACAAGACACAAAAUAAAUAACAUACAAUCUAAACUUUCACCUCAAACUAAACUUAAUCUUAAACUGCAAGAUAUUAACUGCACCUUAAACCCUCAUGUGCAUCUUUGUGUUUGUACUAUUUGCAAUGACAUUAUGCAUAAACCAAUUAUUAUAAAAAACUGUCUUCAUUCAUUCUGCGCAUCAUGUCUAUUACCACUUAUCAUUGGCAAACAAAUAGCAAAAACAAAGUGUCCUAAAUGUUCCUUGUCAAUUCCAAGCGAUGGUUUAAUUUCAUCAACGAAUGUCAUUGAAAUGAUAGAAAAUUUACAAGAAGUAUGCAAGCAAGGUUGUGGUAGAUUGUUUAAAAUCACACAACUGUCAGAACGAAAGAAACAUCAAAAAACUUGUCAGAAAACUCAAAUAUCAAGUUCAACAACAUUAUCAUUACCAACAUCAUCAACUUCACAAAUAAACCUUUCAGAUAUAUUUGCAUUGGAUUCAACAAGUAUUAUACCAAGAAACAUUGAAGAUGCUGCUCUGCAUGUAAUAAAACAAAAAAUGUCUCAAACAACAUCCAAUGUAAUUGAAUUUCCAACAGGUGGACCAAGGCCCUUAUGCUUCACAUUAACACCAAGAGCCUACAAAGAAAGUUCAGAUGUAUGUUUACGCACAAUUCGUAGAAGACAAUUACAGCUAAAACAUAAUAUGAGCAAAACAUGUGGAGAAAGCAUCAGUUCUACAAUCAAGCAAACUGCUACUCUUUUGAAAUCUUUUAAUGAAAAUGAAAAAGAACAUAUUCUGAGCAAAUCAAAUAUUUCAAAAGCCAAAAUAUCUGCUGAAGAAAUGAUCAGUUUAAAAGCAAACAUGAGCAGUACUUAUGUCAACAUGAAAAUAUUAUCAAGGUGGUUGAAAAACAAGAAUGUAAUAUGUGCUUCUAAUGCAAAACAAAGAAAUGUGGCUAAAAAUUGGUCAUGUGAUGCUCUUAUUGUUAAAAAUGCUCCAUUUAUGGUUGAAAAAAAAGAUUCAAAAGGAUCUUAUGAAAUCAAGGAAUUGCCAUGUGCAUAUAUCGAAAAUCUACAAGGACAUAUAACAAAUGUACUAGAUAGACUAGAUAGCAACAACCUUUUAUUAUACAACAAGAUUAAAGACAACAAAAUCCAUAUAAAAAUAGGAGGUGAUUAUGGAGGUGAUUCGUUUAAAAUGUUUUACCAAGUGGCGAAUGUGGAGAAGCCUAAUGCCAAAACUAAUACAACAAUAUUUAAUAUAUUUGAGGCAAAAGAUUAUACCACAAAUUUGAAAAUUUCAUUGGCAAGAUUUACAUCAGAUAUUGAUUUGUUGCAAAAAAUGAUUUGGAAGUAAGAACAUAUUACAAACAACAAAAUAAUUCAAUUAUUCAAACACACUACAAUUCAUAAACAUCCAUCCAAUAUUUGACAUAAACAAAAUCAUCAACUAUUCAUUUCUUACCACAAUUGUCAGGAAUAUGAUGGAUUACAGUUUCUUUUUAAAGAAAUGUAUAAUAAUUCAAUUCUGUUCAAUUUUAGAGAAAAACAAAUUCGCGUAUUUGUAUUUGGUGAUUAUGAAUUUUUGUAUGCAAUUUAUGGAAUAACUGGUGCAAAUGGUGAGUACAUAUUUAAUACAGAUUUCUUUAAAAUAACUCAUCUACGCCAGAUAUAUGGAACAUGAUUUAUUUUGCCUUUUUAACACGAACUUGUUCAUUAACUUUAGGUAGACACUCAUGCCUGUUUUGCAACAUCACAAGUCAAGGAAUGUCAAAUCCAAUUAACGAUAACAUUCAAAUGCGAUCACUUAAGACACUGGAUUUAUCUCUAGCAAAAUUUAACAACCAUGGUGCAGAUCCUAAGUUUGCUAAAUUAUGUGACAAUGUUAUUGACCAACGGUUGUUUAAUGUGCCACUUGAUCAGGUGCUUUGUUUUUAUUGAUUACUCCUAUUUUAUUUAUUAGGCAUUAUUCGCAAAUUCACAUGAAUAAUUGUUUAUUCAAUAUAAUACAAUACAAGUUAUUUUUGUGGUAAAUGUAAAUGGUGGUGUAUGCAAUUGUAAAUAAUAUAAACUUUCUUGUACUAUUAGAUAGGAGUUCCUGCUUUACAUAUCUCACUUGGUAUAUACUUAAAGUUUUUCAACAUGUUAGAAGACUCUUGUCACACAAUUGACAUAAAAAUUGCAGGUCUAAUGGCAGUAAACAACCAAACGCUUGACUGUGAGGAGUUUAAUGCAUAUAUAGAGCACCAGCGCCCAAUAAAUCAACUUCAAAUAAGUGUUCAAGAACUUGAAGAUAAAAUACGUGUUAUAACAGAAGCACUUGAAAUGCAAAUACUUUUUAACCCUGAAAAUGAAGAAAAAAUUAAAUUAGUAUUUGAACCUCACUUGAUUCACUUUGGAAAGAAAAAGAAA